GUAUAUCUAUCUAUCUGGACAGACGCAAGUCAAAUGGGCUCCAUUUGACACAUCUGAAAUUGGUGUUGAUGCAGUCAUUCAACAACUCCACCAUGGUGAAUGGCAACCUCUGGCGUUUUUCUCUAAUCACUUAAAACCAGCUGAAACUAAAUAUAGCACAUUCAGUUAUAAACUGUUAGCUAUUUACCUCUCAGUUAAACACUUCCAACACAUUUUGGAAGGGAGAAACUUCACUAUAUUUACAGACCAUAAGCCGUUAUCAUUCGCUUUGCACUGCAAGCCAGAUAAAUUUUCUCCAAGAGACAUUCAACAUUUGGAUUACAUUUCACAAUUCACAAGUGAUAUAUGAUAUAUUCCAGGUUCUGAGAACAUUGUUGCUGAUUCUUUAUCCCAUUUACCAGUUAACACGUUAUUUUCAACUGCAGAAAUUAACUUGGAUGAAACGUCGGAAGAUCAGCCAUCUGUUGAUUUGAAUAAUAUACAACAACCAGAUCCUUUGCAAUUUUUCUUCUAGUAAACCUCGCCCUUUAGUUCCUGAAAAGCAUUGCCAUAUCGUUUUCUCAGCACUACACAAUAUUUCACAUCCUGGUAUAACAGCAACAUUGAAGCUUAUUUCAGCUCGUUUUGUUUGGCCGAACAUGCGUCGAAACAUAACUAAUUGGACUCGUACCUGUGUCGAUUGUCAAAGAUCGAAGGUAUAUAAAUAUAUCCGUGCACCAUUGGGUACUUUAUCCACUCCAGAUGCACGAUUCCAGCACAUACAUGUUGAUAUAGUAGGACCUUGACCUGUGAGUCAGGGCUACAUGUUUUUAUUAACCUGUAUUUAUCAUUUUUCCCACUGGCCAGAAGUCACUCCACUCACAGACAUCUCUUCUCUAACUGUGGCACAAGCUUUAGUCACAGGAUGGAUCUCUCAUUUCAGAACACCUGUAAAAAUAACAACAGAUUGCGGACGUCAAUUUGAAGCUAAGCUUUUCCAGGAACUAACCAAGAUUUUAGGAAGUAAACACAUCCAUUCCAUUAGUUACCACCCAGCUUCGAACGAUAUGAUCGAAAGAUUUCACCGACAGCUUAAAGCUGCAUUGUGUGCUUCUGAUUCAUUUCAAUCAAUUGAAUUUCUUCCUAUUGUUCUCUUGGGUCUCCGCUCCUCUAUCAAAGAAGAUAUUGGAUAUUCUCCUGCAGAAUUACUUUAUGGUUCUUCCUUGAUGCUGCCUGGUCAGAUAAUUGUUCCUGCAAACAUGCAAGAUAUUGAUACUACAAAUUUUGUUGAACGCUUGCGUGAUUAUAUGUCAAAGUUAUCACAUAUGAACACCAGAAAACAAGACAUUAAAACAUAUUUGCCUAAGGACUAUUCUUCCUGGACUCAUGGUUUUGUUCAUAACGAUGCCGUUAAACAUCCUUUAACAGCCCCUGUAUUCAGGGCCAUUUCAUGUGCUUUCUUGUACAGAUAAAGUUUUCACCUUAGACCUUAACGGUCGUAAAGUCAAUAUUUCUGUUGAUAGACUAAAAAGGGCUCAUAUGGAAAAAAACUAUUUCCAACCCCACUACAGACAACAUACACACAGCAUUACAAACGCGUCCUUUACACACUUCACAAACUCUGACUACCAAAAGUGCUAGACCUGUGCAUUGGCCCAAGAAUUUAACAAACAUUUAUUACAUUUGAACUGUGAUGUUGUUUCUAUAGCUUGACAUUUUAUGAGGUAUACAUUUUUAUUAUUUUCAUUAUUGUGUAGUAACGCCUGCGCAUGCGUAGGAUUAAACAAGCAAGCAUUUCCCACUCAAUUCAUUCUCUUUCUUGCUGGCCAGCGAUUGAGCAAGGACGUGUGUUUAAAGCUGUCUCUACAUCUUUCGGUCUUAUACUCGACAGCUCGUUAUUCUCACCUCUAAAGAUGUAUAACUAAAGAUAUGUAUGUUUUACCAAGUAAAUAAAUGUUGUUUAAGUUGUUUAGUCUUGAGUUCAGUGUUCUGUCAGUUUCUUUAAUUUUAUAGUAGAAAGUCAGGUAUACAAUCUAAAGAUGUAUAACCCACUUUCUACUAAAGUGGUGACCCCCGACGAAGAAAAAACGCAGCAUGAACUAUGGAUUACCAACUUAUAACUGGUGAACCUCGACUAAAGAACAAAUACGGCCAUGGAGACUGACUC